AUGUUGCGUUUGCCGCGGCUCGCCCUCCCGCUCGUCGCUUUGCUGCUCGUCGUCGUCGCGUCGCUGACGCCGCUCGCUUCCACUCGCCCCACCCCCACUCUCACGAAUACUUUUCUCGAUGAAGCUUCCACGAACUCGCGAUCAUCACAGGACAUACUUAGCAAUCCCGAUGUCGAUCCACGUUCUAGGUCACCCCCAGUGGAAAAAGAACCCGAAUCACCGGACGAAUCAGAUUUACCCGCCUCCUCGUCGCAUCCAAUCAGAUCGCUCGCGACUGUUGGACUCGAGCUGGAGCUGACUCAGCACCUGCCAAUCAGAUCUCUCGCGCGGAGCCCCGUGGACGCGGAAGAGGCGGAAGAAGACGCGGAGAUCCCCGCGGAGAUUCCCCCCGGAAGGGGCGGAAAAGGCCCCGCCGAUGCGGGGUUGGCGGAAGAAGCGGAGGACGCGGCGGAAGUGGAGGGAGUCGCGGAAGCGGAGAUAGAUCCGCCGCGGAAAACGGUCAAUAAGAAGAAAAGCGGUGCGGGCGGUCCGGGCAGGGGGGGAGAAGACGAAUUGGGGGAGGAAGCGGAGGAGGAAGCUGGGGCGGAGGGGGAGGUUGGGGGAAAGAAGCGGAAGGGGGAUGUGAUUGGGGAAGGGGCGACGAAAGGCGGGGCUAGUCUGAAGGGGGCGGGAGUGGUGGGGGAAGAGGCGGAGGAGAGGGAGGAAGAGGCGGAAGCAGAGGGAGCGGGAGGGGAAGGAGCAGCUGCGGCAGCAGCAGAAGCAGCAGGUGCGGAGAAAGUGGGUGUUGGGGCAGGAGGGGAAGAAAGAGCAGGAGGUGGGUUGACAGGCAGUGAGGGGGGAAGCACGCAGCAAGCAGCAUUGGGGGACGAUGGGGAUGGGCUUGGGGAGGGCGCAGGGGGGAUCACGGGAAAAGGCGCUGGGACGAGAGGUGGUGGGAUAGCAGGGGAGAGAGGCGGAAAGGGUGCUGGGGGGAUUGACGGAGAGGGUGCUGAAGGGUUGGGCGCGGAAGGGAGCGCGGAAGGGGCCCCGGAAGGGGGUGCGGAGGGGGUGGGGAAGAGGAGGAGGCAGCAGCGACUGCGGAUGAGCAACCAUGGGCGGAGGGACAGCCAAACGGAAGGGCGGGCGAGGGGGAGGCGGAAGGGGCGGGGGGAGAGGUGGGGGAGAGGGCGCGUUUGGCGGAGAUAG